GUGGAGCUGAAGAAAUCGGGAACAAGGCAAUCGCAGGAGCCCGAGCGCGUUGAUGAUACCAAGCGAGCUGCAGCAUAGGGUAAGUUACCCUAUCUCUCAACAAUUGAUCGGGUUUCUUCUUCGAUAUAUCUCUUCUGUAUCUCACCUUUAAGUAUUCCCUUUCAUCGUAAUGUGCGUCUAUAUGCUCGACUACGCCGUAGGGCCGCUCUUUAUGUCUCCUUUAUCUACACUCUCCGUCCGCGUAACACUGUAUCAUGCAUACGUUGUAAUUUUCACUACAUGCACUACAUCCUGCGGUCGGAUCAAUGAUCUGCCAACUCUGGCAAUCUAGAGGCUUUUCGCAGGCGUAGAUGGUAGCAGUGUGUCCCCUCGCUCCCUCAAGUCUCGUGGAUGUAAUUGUGAAAGAAAACAGAG